AUGGGGCGUGCCUUGCGACGUCAGGCAUCCCCUUUGUUUCACACCCCUCUCCAGCGCAACCAAGUCUGCACAUUAGCGGGCGAUGCCGGUAGCAGAUGGAUCCACAGAACGACCACUCAGGAAUGUGGCACCUUGCUCGUCAAUCAAUGCCCACGAACAUAUGCGAUCUCAGCAAGAAUUUCGACACGGUAUCGAUCUGCUGACUGCAAAACGAGGGGCGAAAUUGGAACGUUUCGCAUGCGAUUUUUGCGCAACUGCUGUACGAGAUGCCGUUCGAUUUCUGGCAAGUUAUAG